UUCUCGAGGUUUCUCCUUUAGGACUGAGAGAGAAUUCACUUUCACAUACGCCACUCCCUUCUCUUCACCUCCCCCUGCCACCAAGCAGGGCAGAGGCCAGCAGCAGGCACCUCCCAGCAGUGACAGCAGAACACACCUUGCUGGGGAAGGAGAGACAGACAGACUGAGACCCCAGCAGCCAUGGGGACACCUGGUCAACCAGGGAAGAGGAAACGUAAGGCUGAGGGUCAGGAACCUCCGACUCCAACGUCUUUAGCUGGUAGAAAGCUAGAUGAUACCAUUUGUCACAUCUGUCGGGAUUAUUUGACAGACCCAGUGACUAUACAGUGUGGGCAUGAAUUCUGCCGGGUCUGCAUCAGCCAACGCUGUGCGGGAGUGGAGACAGCCACCUGUCCUCUGUGUGGAGAAACGUUCCAGAAAAGGUCCAACAUGCAGGUGGAGGCAAGAACUUUGAGCAGGAGUGAAAAUGUGAACGGUCAGGAACAGGAAGCCAUUUCUACUCAACAGCAGGAGCUCAGAGACAAACUCCAGGCUGAGCUCAGGUGGAGACGCGCCCAGCUCUACGCAGUGGACGUGACUCUGGAUCCAGACACGGCAAAUCCCAGACUCAUCCUGUCUGAGGAUCGGAAACGUGUGAGAUUCGGAGACACUUGGCAGGAUCUGCCCGACAACCCUGAGAGAUUUGAUCUUUGUGUCGGUGUCCUGGGCACUGAGCGUUUUAUAGGCGGGAGGCAUUACUGGGAGGUGGAGGUGGGAGACAAGACUGAGUGGACUCUGGGGGUUUGCAGGGAAUCUGUGAACAGGAAGGGGAAGAUUAUAUGGACACCUGAGGAUGGAUACUGGGCCGUGUGGCUGAGGGAUGGGGGAUACAAGGCCCUCACCUCCCCCCCGACCUCCCUCCCCGUGAGCGUCAGGCCCAGCCAGGUGGGGAUUUUCCUGGACUAUGAGGUGGGUGAGGUCUCGUUUUACAAUGUGACUGACAGGUCCCAUCUCUACACUUUCACUGGAACCUUCUCUGAGAUGCUUUGUCCUUAUUUCAAUCCUGGUGUCGGUUCUGGGGGUACAAACACGGCUCCCCUGAUCAUCUCCCCGGUCCCAGCUCAGGACGGAGGGAAUCUCUGUCCCUGA